GCGUUUGCACAUAUUUGCAAACGAUAUAAAUAAGCCGAAAUUGUUAAUCGACAAUUAUUCUGGAACAGUAACAGUACCAGCUAAGACGUUCUUUGCUUUGUUCAGUUCAUCUGUGAAAAUUUUGAAAAUGAAAUUGCUCAUUGUUUGCCUCGCUGCUAUUGCAGUUGUUAGCGGAGAUGUAUCCCAUUUGUUCGGCGGAACAAAUGUUGAGCGCUCAUAUUUGCCACCUGCACAAGAACCAUCGAACCAAUACAUUCCACCAGCAGGACCACCUGCUCCUCCACCACCACCACCGCCACCACAAAAUUUCCAGCCAGCUCCACAGCCCCAAUAUCAGCCAGCUCCACAACCACAAUAUCAGCCAGCUCCACAGCCUCAAUAUCAGCCAGCUCCACAACCACAAUACCAACCAGCUCCUCAACCACAAUACCAGCCAGCUCCACAACAAUUCCAACCAGAGCCAGCACCAGCAGCUACUUUUGAUGAUGCCAACGGAUACGAUUACAAAGUUCCCGGAAAAUAAGAAACUAUUACAUUUCCGUCAUUUUGAUUAAAAAGUUACCAUCCAUGAUUUUCGAAAAUAGUGUGAUUGUAUCGACACGAAAUCAGUAAUAAAAUUUGCGAACUCAAUUAAU